AAAUUGUGUUAUCAGGUCUCUGAAAACAUACGACACGAAAAUUCAUUCAAUAAAUUCAAUUUUUUGUUUGUUAGCAGAAGAUUAAUUGUUCUAUAAUGGCAGUACGAAUUAUCAAUAAAGUAUUUCAGCAAUCAAAACUUUUGGGACUGCACAAAGGUACAACUCAAGCAAUUAGCUUUCCUAAUUCCAUUUUAGGCCGAGCUCGUUUUCAAAGUACUGAAGUGCCCAAGGAAACAAGACCCACUGUUAGAAAAACAGAUGAACUUGUAAAACAAAACUUAGCAGAGUUUGGAAAAUAUGUAGCUGAAUGUUUACCAAAAUAUGUCCAAAAAGUACAAAUUGUUAUUGGAGAUGAAUUGGAAAUACUCAUUGCACCAGAAGGUGUUUUACCAGUGUUACAAUUUUUAAAAGAUCAUCAUAAUGCCCAGUUUUCCAAUUUGUCUGAUUUGUGUGCUGUAGAUAUUCCUCAACGUUCAAAUAGAUUUGAGAUUGUUUAUAAUUUGUUGUCUGUCCGGUUCAAUUCUCGUAUUCGCGUUAAAACUUACACGGAUGAAUUAACUCCAAUUGAUUCAGCUACACCUAUUUUUCAAGCAGCAAACUGGUAUGAAAGAGAAAUCUGGGAUAUGUUUGGGGUGUUCUUCAGUAAUCAUCCAGAUUUAAGAAGAAUUCUUACUGAUUAUGGAUUUGAAGGUCAUCCAUUCCGUAAAGAUUUUCCUUUGUCUGGAUAUGUUGAAGUAAGGUAUGAUGAUGACAAAAAGAGAGUUGUAGUGGAGCCAUUGGAAAUGGCACAAGAAUUCAGGCGCUUUGAGCUGUCUGCUCCGUGGGAACAAUUUCCAAAUUUCAGAAAUGUCCCGCCUCCCACUGAGGAGAUACCAUUGGACAAAGAAAAAAAAUAAAUUCUCUUAUCAAGAUUUAUCAGAAACUUCAACAAUAGGCAGUCCAAUUUCUUUCUUCAACACAGCUCUUAUUGUUUCAACCUGAAGUAUUUCAAACACUUAUUAAGGAUAAAUGUGGGAUUUAUUUUAUGUAGAUACUUCAUUGUAGUGUAAUAAAAUAUGAAUACUAUGAUGAAUUCAAUUGUGAAGAUUAACUUUAAAAA